AUGUCUGGUUUAGAGAUAAUCGGAGUAGUCGCUAGUACUCUCCAGAUUGCGGAAAUUGGCAUGAGACUUUCGGUCAAGCUUUGCUCUUUCUACCGUCAAAUUAAAGAUGCGGAUCGGUCUGCGGAACGUCUUGCAAAUGAUGUUUCACUUACCUGCAGCAUUCUGCAUCAAUUAGGCAGAAUUCUAGAGCAAGAUAUUGAGACGAAAGUUUGCUCAGAGCAAGCAUUUUUGACGGCACGGGAAGUCUUAAAUGAGUGCAAGAAAAUCUUCAAGCAAAUAGAGGAUGCGGUCGAAAAGAAAGACCCUGGAUCAGGAAAGACUAAAUGGGAACGUGGGACACGAAGACUGACGAUUGUGGUUCUUGGGCCCGAUCUUGACGUGCUAAAGUCCCACCUGGAUAGAUUGAAAUCUACUAUGCUGCUAAUGCUCAAUGUCAUCAUAUAUGCAAGAGAUAUUAAACGGUCAUGUCAUGAUUCACACCUUGAAUCCCAACGACAGCUAAUAGAGACUCUUCUCCAUGAGAAGACCAAAGCUGAUGCUGGAACAAAUCAUCCAAAUGAGCCGGGCAGUGGCAAUUCACCCCAAUUUACAAUGAUGGCAGAGCCUAUCCAAGCAACCUCUCACGGAUUCUCUCCUGACAGUGAAAUCGACAAGUAUCAUAAUCUUGUCCGAAGUCUUUUGAAGGAAAUUGAUGCCUGUCAAACCAUCCUUCCUCAAGAUCGGCAUGUGAGGAUCAGGGAUGGAGUACUUGCUAUUCAUGAGGCUGAAUUGGCAAUAUUUCUGGAUUCUCAUGGCGAGGCGGCGAUGCGGACUUUUGAUAGUCCUCUUUUCAAGAGGAGGGAGCCAUUCAAGUUUAAUAAAGGAGACCAUAGCCAUCCGGCCUCCAGACCACCUCGGAAGAAAUCUUCAGGGAGGUCUCACAGCAUCUUCACACCUGUUGAUGAUCAGCAAUCAAUGCUUAGUUUUCAUUCUGCGAAUCCACCGCGCUCUAAGUCCUCGCAAGAUGACCCCAAAACAGACACCGUUCAAAAGCACCCUCCUGAUCGGAUACCCGCAUCGCGAACAGACACUGGGGUUGCCCCGCCCCGACGACCUAAACUAAUCAUAGAUAUUCCAAGCGAGAGCUGUGUUCAAAGAAGUGCAACAAAAAAACCGUUCCUCGCCAUAUUGUUGCCCUCUUCAUCACCACCGAUGGAAGAAAACCCCAGCGCUGGCGUUCAUGGCCCUUCCAAUCCAUCUUCGCCUAAUAUGCGUCCAGUCUCUACGGAUAGCCUGGACCUUGGACCUAGAGAUACGCGAAUAAUCAGCGGGUAUAACUCUGGAGAUUCGACAAACAGGUUAAAGCGCACGACCUCCCAAGACUUCUACGUACUUGAUAAAAUACCAGACAGCUUUGGUGAUUUCUCCGGCUCAUAUGGAGUCAAGGCGGCGUUUCCACCAGCCCCUGUCCCAAUGAAUGACCUUUACGAUUCGGAUGAUGCCAUGAACCGGUCACCUCUACCGGUGGUGGUUUCCCCGAAAUUUGAGCCCGGGCCUUCAUUUGAUCCUUUUCCAGGUGCUGAUGCUACCCAAACGAGCGGCAGGGAAAGAUCAGGUCGCUCCGAUCAGCUACACCAGCCGGAAACUCAAAUUCAAACUUGCUACGGCGAAUCAGUACUGGCCAGCCGCUUUGUUCCGAGCUAUCCCGAGAUAAAAAAUAUACUGCUAUCCUGGACAACCAUUGCCCCGGAAGAUAUUCAUCUAUGA